CCUCUCCCCCUCUCACCUCGCUGACACCUCGCAGGAUUGUCUCCAAACUGACAGCUAGAAGACCACCUACAGGAUCUCCUCUCACCGCCGAGAAGAUAAGCACAACGAUAAGACCUUUGAAAUGAAAUCUUCACCAGAUCAACAGCAUCGUGAGGGAAUCAAUGGAUCUCGUACAGCUCGCGAGAUGCGAAGUGCACUUGUUCGAAGGCGCAUCAGCAUUUACCGAAAUCGGUGCUGGUAUCGAUAUAGGCAAGUCCAUCCAAAACGAUGGAGUACUUGUGUUCUCACAGGCCGCCUAGCUUGGAAUGCCAUCCAGGUGUACAAAGAGAUGCGCAUCUCGGACGAGGUGUACGAACUGGCCGGCGAUUCCCUUCGGGAUGCAUCCAUCCCUUGGUUCGAGGUGACUUACGGUGCUCUCGAAGGAAGAGAACGAGCGAUUGACGCAGUCGCUCGCCGCCUCCGGCCUCACGGCCGUCCACCGUCCACCUUGACUCUCAACCUCCAUCUCUGUCCACUUCCACUAUCCACUCAACAUCCACCACCGUCCACAUCCUCCACUCCCCUCCUCCCUCCUCCACCAUCCAAAACAACAAAAGCGCGAGACACCAUGGCACUCCCACCCGAUGCCGCCUCAUCACACCACGCAUUCACAAACACUCCUGAACCGGAACGUAGGAUGCGUAUUGCCGUCCUCACUUCAGGAGGUGAUAGCGCGGGGAUGAACGCGGCUGUCAGGGCUGUCGUCAAGGCUGGUAUUAGCAAAGGUUGUGAGUCAUACGUAGUGCGUGAAGGAUAUGAAGGUCUAGUUAGGGGAAACACGGCCCCUCUCACCCCGCGACGGGUUGCACAGAGGCAUCUACCCCCCGAACGGCUAGCGCGAUUCAGCAACGAGGCACUUGUGAAAAACCUGAGCUUUGGAGAGGGACCGGCACUGAAAGAAGGCGCAGGGGAUGCCGACGAUGACGAGGAGGGCGGGACGCUUAAAGGGAGGUAUAUCGUCCAGGUGGGAUGGGAUGAUGUGCGGGGGUGGAUGGGCGAGGGAGGCACUUUCAUCGGCUCUGCCCGUUCAGCCACCUUCCGUACCCCCGAGGGACGCUUGAAGGCGGCGCAUAACUUGAUCAAGGAAGGCAUUGAUGGACUCGUAGUAUGUGGAGGAGAUGGCUCCCUCACGGGUGCGGACAGACUGCGCUCAGAGUGGCCGGAGCUGGUACAACAACUGUUGGCUAGUGGGGAGAUCAACGAGCACCAAGCCGCGCUCUACAGUCAUCUCAAGAUCGUUGGGCUCGUCGGGUCAAUCGACAACGACAUGGCGCUCACCGAUUUGACGAUUGGCGCGCCUACCGCCCUCCAACGGAUCUGCGAAGCCAUCGAUAACAUCAACAGCACCGCGGCGUCGCAUAGUCGUGCGUUUGUGGUGGAGGUUAUGGGGAGGCAUUGUGGUUGGUUGGCGCUGAUGGCGGGCGUAAGUGCGGGGGCGGACUAUGUGUUCAUCCCUGAGCAGCCGCCCAAGAGCGAACCUUGGGAAGAGGAGAUGUGCGAGGUUAUCAAGAGGCACCGUGAGGUCGGCAAACGCAAAACGAUCGUCAUUGUCGCCGAAGGCGCACAUGAUCGUGACCUCAACCCGAUCAAAGCAGAAAAGGUCAAGGAAGUGUUGUCUAACGUCCUCAAGCUUGAUACGAGGGUGACGACGCUGGGUCAUACCCAGAGAGGAGGGAGGCCUGUGGCGAUGGAUCGGAUUCUGCCCACGCUGCAAGGCAUCGACGCUGUGAACGCACUGCUCGAAGCUACCCCAUCUCAACCGUCGUACAUGAUCGGCAUCCGCGAGAAUAAGAUCCUGCGUAUCCCCCUCGUCGACGCAGUGCAGCAAACUCAGGCUGUAGCGGCAGCGAUUGAAGCGCGCGAUUUUGCAAAAGCGAUGGGCUUGCGAGACCCGGAGUUUGAUCAGUUUGUUCAUGCGUUUAACAUGACGAGCACAUUGGAUAAGGGGAAUCGGCUGCCCAAGGAAAAGAGGCUCAGGGUGGCUAUCUUGCAUAUGGGUGCCCCUGCUGGUGGGAUGAACGCCGCUACCCGCACUGCCGUCCGGUACUGUCUUUCCAAAGGCCACAAGCCACUAUGCAUCAACAACGGCUUUAAGGGCCUACUGGAUGACAACGUUGUCGAGCUCUCCUGGCUCAAAGUGGACAAUUGGACCGCACGGGGUGGUUCCGAGCUAGGGACAAACCGUACCUUGCCGGAUAUUGACCUCGGCGGGCUAGCGACUAAGUUCCAGCAACACCAGUUCGACGCGCUAUUCAUGAUCGGCGGGUUUGAAGCUUUCUCGGCUCUCUUGAUCCUUGAACGCGCAAGGAAAGACUACCCGGCGUUUAAUCUCCCUAUGGUCCAUCUUCCAGCUACGAUAUCGAACAACGUCCCCUUGACGGACUUCAGCCUGGGGUGUGAUACCAGCUUGAAUGCGCUGGUAGACGCGUGCGACGCUAUCAGGCAGAGCGCGUCCGCAAGCAGGAACAGGGUGUUUGUCGUCGAGACCCAGGGCGGGCAAUGCGGGUAUAUCGCCGCAGUGGGUGCGCUGGCCACGGGCGCGGUGCUUGUUUAUACUCCCGAGCAGGGAAUAAAUCUGGACACUCUUCGCGCAGAUGUACGCUUCCUCAAGGCGAGGUUCAUGCUUGAUGAGAAGGGGAAGAGUGAGGGUCGUCUUAUUCUCAGGAAUGAGAAGUCUUCCGAUGUGUACUCCACCGAACUGAUCACGAACAUUCUCAAAGAAGAAGGCGGUGACCUCUUCGACUCCCGCUCCGCUUCUCUGGGGCACACACUUCAAGGCGGCAUCCCCUCGCCCAUCGACCGGGCGCGUGCUGUCCGCCUGACGAUGAUGUGCAUGGAGUUCCUAGAAAGGCACGCACAUGAGCAGCUCCAGUACCCACCGCACCGGAGGCGUGGGACCCGCGACACAGCAGCGGUAAUCACCAUCCAAGGCUCGAUGAUCAAAUUCGUCCCUGUGGACGAGAUGGUGCAGCACGCAGAUAUGAAGAAACGGAGAGGGAAGCAUACGUGGUGGGAAGGGAUGAAAGACCUUGCCGAGCUCCUGGGUGGGAGGACGGACCUGGUCGCGCAUAAGUUUGAUGUUAAUCCGCCGCAUCAUCAUGAACCGUAUCAGGCGCCUCGCUGAUUGGGACAUUAAUCACCUAUGGUACUGUAUUUAAUGCUAGGGACUAGUCGC